UCCACUUUGUGACUAGCUAUUGAACAAUGGCUGGAAGUUGGGGUUUGGGUCAGAUUUUGGCAGUUUGUGCUUUGUGUCAUGCUGUUCCUCAGCGGAAUGAUCUGCCCCAGAACACUCAAGCUCUGAUGUUCCAGCAGACUGACCAGCGGUUUCAGAAGCUAGUUCAACAGCAAACGCCAGUUCAACAGCAAACUGACCAGUGGUUUCAGAAGCCAGUUCAACAGCAGACUGACCAGUGGUUUCAGAAGCCAGUUCAACAGCAGACUGACCAGCGGUUUCAGAAGCCAGUUCAACAGCAAAUGCCAGUUCAACAGCAGACUGACCAGUGGUUUCAGAAGCCAGUUCAACAGCAAACUGACCAGCGGUUUCAGAAGCUAGUUCAUCAGCAAACGCCAGUUCAACAGCAAACUGACCAGCGGUUUCAGAAGCUAGUUCAACAGCAAACGCCCGCUCAACAGCAGACUGGCCAGUGGUUUCAGAAGCUAGUUCAACAGCAAAUGCCAGUUCAACAGCAAACUGACCAGCGGUUUCAGAAGCUAGUUCAACAGCAAAUGCCAGUUCAACAGCAGACUGACCAGUGGCUUCAGAAGCCAGUUCAACAGCAGACUGACCAGCGGCUUCAGAAGCCAGUUCAACAGCAAACUGACCAGCGGUUUCAGAAGCUAGUUCAUCAGCAAACGCCAGUUCAACAGCAAACUGACCAGCGGUUUCAGAAGCUAGUUCAACAGCAAACGCCUGCUCAACAGCAGACUGGCCAGUGGUUUCAGAAG